AAAAAGCUCUCUUGCGAAAGAAGCUUUGUGUUAUCUACUUUGGAUUUUUCUCAAUGAAAAUUGCAGAAAACUCCACGAAAAAAGUGAUUUUAUUUACUUUACACAUCAUUGAGAACCCUUUAAAAGUGUAGUGAGUGAAGUUUGUGUGAAAUUAUUGAUGGAAAAUAUUUAUUUGCAGAGAAAGCUUUCAAUUAAAAUUUUCCAAAUAUGGAAUGUUGAUCGAUGAAGGAAACUAAAUUAGUAUGGCAAGAGAUGGCGAAGUCCCUGCAAUCUUCAAUCCCCGCCGUGUUCGAGCUCCAUCCGUGGUGGUCACUGGUGACUCUCCCAAUGGCCCUUUCGGGGGAUUCACCCCCAGUGGCAGUGCACCACCACAAAUCACGCACUCGGAUUCCCUUACAUCAAGUCAACCCGAUGCUUCAGACCACACAACGGCGCUUAUGCAUUCAAGUGGUGGCUGCCAAACACCCACACCCACGACAGACCAUGCCCCGACCUGCCUGGCCGCAGGACCACGAGCACCACGGACACGUCUUGGCUCCUGUCGGGAUUCAUGUUGCUCGGCAAAGGCGCAGAAAAUCUACUUUGGCAUGUGCGUUACACUCCUCGUUACAGCAACGUGGGUGGGUGCAACGCAUUGCAUUAAGUUCUUGUAUCUCACCCACAAUAACUACGCAACACUGCCAAUUAUUAAACGCUCCAUGGUCGGUGAGGCAACUGCAAAUAUGAGUGGUUUCAUCCUGACGCGGGAUUCGCUAACAUUCUCAGCCGUUGGGUUCAAUGCACCCUUCUUUGCCUCGUGGUUCUGCACGAAUUUUGCUAUUUUCUUCUUUCCCAUCUACCUCAUGGGUCGCGUGGCCAUGAAAAAGUGCGAAGCCCCCGGUGAGAUCCUCGGUGAUGUCUUAAGAGGAUUUAGGGAUCGUGGAUUUACCGUUGGGCGCUUCCUCAAUCGCUGCCUCACAUUCUGCAUCCUGUGGCUCAUUACCACCUAUCUCUAUGCUCUGUCGCUACGGGCGCUCCUGGCCACGGAUGUUAUGGCACUCUUCGCUACCAAUGUCGCAUGCGUAUACCUCCUGUCGUGGGUGAUUCUGCAUGAACAAUUUGUGGGUGUGCGAAUUGUGGCGGUGAUUCUCUGUGACACGGGAGUUGCUCUACUGGCGUACAUGGAUGGCAUUACGGGUACCCCGACACUUGGUGGUGUGGUCCUUGCUGCUCUUGCGGCCGCAGGAUAUGCUGUGUUCAAGGUGAUGUUCAAGAAGGUGAUGGGCGAUCCCCCGGUCGGUGAGAUCGCCUUCACAUUCUCCUUCUUGGGCUUCAUGAAUGCCGCCCUCCUGUGGCCCGUCUGCAUUGGACUCUACCUAUCUGGCACGGAAGUUAUGCCAUGGGAAAUUAUGCCAUGGAUAAUACUCCUAAUGGCCAGUGUUCUUUUGCUCAUGUUUCACCUUUUAACGCAAUUCAGCGCUGCCAUUACAUACAACGUUUUCGUAACACUCGGACUAAUAACUUCUGUGCCAGUUUCAGCAGCUCUAGAUGCAACGCUCUAUGGUGCAAAAUUUGAUGGCAUGAAGUUGGCAGGCAUUAUCCUAAUUGGUGUGGGAUUUUUCCUUGUUAUGCUCCCGGACAAUUGGCCCGACUACAUCACAAGACUGUUGCGAAAAACUGGUCGUGCUAUCCUCCGAUACCAAUGUUGUUGCGAUUAUGCUGAAAUUGAUUACGCUAAUUCGAAAUAUCAUAUUGUUGGGUCACAACGCGAGACGCCAGGCAUUCCUUAGGCGUGAUACUGUGGUGGCAUCACGUCCGUCCACGUCGAGGUAGGAAAUGCGAAAAGACACCCCCUCUUACUUUUAAUCGAGAAUACCCCGCAACAUGUUGGUAAGUAGCACAAAGAAAAAUCUUUCCUUUUCUGGAAUGGAAUUUUUUUAAUCAAAAUUUUGGGCUUAUGUUUUUAAUCUUCUUCUUAUUGCAUUAAAUAUGUGUUAUAUUUGAACUGUUUGUUUAUCCUGUACUGUCUGUCUCUUGAAUCCUUUCACCUUUUCUCUGUCUUCUCUAUCACUAUCUUUCUCACUGUCUUCUGUAAACCACACCCUUCUUAAAUAAAAAUUAGCGUGAACCAUAUAUUACCUUUUAUUAAAAAAAAAUAUGAAAAUUGGUGCAAAUGAUCCGUAAUAUCACGAAUGUCACUAUAAAAUAGUUUUCUCUAUUAAUUGCAUUUUAUUAAUGUGGAAUGAUGCAAAAAAAAUUCUUCUCGGUGUACCUCUCAAUGUAUAAAAUGUUAUCCAUGCAGAGCAAAAAGUAGAAAACAUUAUGCAAUACCUAUAUAGCGCGAAAUGCACCACCUUUAACAUGAUCUUACUCCCCUAAACUACCGCACGCUGAAAAAUUAAUAAAACACUUUAAAAAAUAUAAAAUUGAAGCUCCCAUAAAAUCAAAAAUAUUUUGUACAAAAUUCUCCACCAUAGAUGAAUGCAAAUAGCAAAAAAAAUUGACCCAGAUAUGAAAUCCAAUGGAAAAAAGCACGACAUCCUUUAUGAGCUCUUUUAUAUUAUGAUGUAUAUUGAACGAUGAUGAUGAUAAGUAUUAAGUGUACAUUGUACCUAUAUAGAUAUUUAAAUCUAACUACAUUAUGGAAAUGUGCUUCAAGUUGGUUAAAAAAAUAAUAAUAAUAAAAAAAACGUUCCACUGAAUAAGCUCAGGUAAAAAAAAGCACUCAUUUUUCAUUUCUGACAAAAUUUAUGAUAUGAUUCUUUGUGGUAAAGUUAUGGUGAUUUUUUUUAAACUGCAGUGGUUAACAUUUUCAAUGACCAAAGCAGAAUCAAUAAAAUACAUAAAUCUAAACUUUUAAUCUGUAUAUUUCGCCAUAAAUUAACUGAGAGCCCAAAAUGAUGUAUUGAUAAAAAAUUGAUUAAAAUUUUGAAUUCAAACUAUAAUAAAACGAUUAAAAUUGAGGAGAUACCUUUGUUUGAUCACUUCCAGCACUUUAAGAAGCUCAAUAAGCGCUCUUUGCCUCUUAAGAUAAAUUCCCGAAAGUAUAUAAUUCGACAAAUAACCCAAAGUGUUGGGCAAACAAGGGAGAUCACAAAACUAAUUUACAUAAAUAGAUAUAUUUGAGGCAAAACCCAUUGGAAAGGAAUGAUUUUAGGCAAUGUGCCAAAAAGGAAGCAUGUUUGGGUUUGAUUUUGUGUUGAACGUCUUGAGGCACAUUUUCCAUGUGUUUGAAUAGCAUACAACCACCCCUCUCCCCCCAAAGUCACCCACUGAGAAAGAAAAUGAAUCCUCACAGAGAGGAUUUUCACAUUCAAGUGGAUUUUCUCACCACGUUUCCCUCCUAUCAAGAGAUUGUCUUUUGCGUCCUUUUUAUUCUUUAUUGCUGUAUAACCCCGUCUCCUGUAUACGAGAAUUGUAGCGAUGGCUGGGACACACUUGAUAAAAAGAAAGUGAUCAAAAGUGUCCUUUGAAAAAAAAAGAGCAAAAAUUGUGUUGAAUUUUUGAUUGGAGGGAACAACUAAAUUGCCUUACUUUUGUGUGUCUCUCUUGUUUGAUGUGUGCGGAGUAGAUGGGGGCGACAUCCUCGAAACGGAACUCCUGGGGGCCCCUAUCGAGAUGUCAUCGACUAUCGGACGGGCUACAUCCGUUCGCAUCUUCGAUCUCCCUCAGGCAGGGUGAGAUGACUGAGCAGCAGUUCCUUCAGCAUCUUCAGCUGCAACAGCUCUCGCCAUACAGUAGCAAUAUUAAUCUCAGUGUAAAUUACCCACAAUCCUCAUCGCCCACACUCUGUGUGGCUGAGACCAAUUUUAUGCGCACCGGCAGCAUACGGAAAUAUUCCUACGGGUCUGUCGAAUAAAUUUAAAAAUUAGAAAUAAAAUUUUAACAAAUUUUAUGACCAUAACUGUGUUGACUGUUUCAAAAAAAAAGAAUGAGGUAAUUUCAAUAUUGCAAGUUAAGGGAAAUUAACAUUGUACAUCACAUUGAGAAUUUUCCGAAUUUCCCUCACAUUUCACUGAAAAAAAAAUCAUAAAAACUUUUUCCUCAAAAUAAAUUCAUAAAAAUCAUAUGUUUCAAUAAAAUAGGUAAAAAAUAAAUAAAAAAUUAAAUAAAUAUAAUAGAUAUUUAGAAUUUAUUGAAAGUUACAGAAAGUUGUUCUUUCUUACUGUAGGAAUUUUCUCUAUCAAAAAUGUACUAUGUACCUCCUAGAAUUACUACAUACUCAUCUUCACUGAAAAUUCCAAAAUUGUCCCCAAAAUCAAUGCCAUACAUUUUUGAUAAAUUAAAAAAUUAUGUGUUGAAAAAAUACAAAAAUUGAUUAUUGAUUUUAUCCAUCAAAUAAAAAAAAAUUGUGACUUUCUUUGGGAUUUUCAGUGGAGAAAUCUUUUCCUGCCUUUAAAUCUUUCUCAAAUAUAUAUACGACAAAAUGUCUAAAAGUUAGUGAUUUGUAAUAAAAAAAAAUUAUAUAUGAAAGAAAAUAUCAAUACACAUUUGCAAUUGUUUGAAGGAUUAAAAAAAAUGUAGUGAGUCCAUUAAUAUAGUUGAGAGACCAAUAAAAUUCUUUUGAAUGUU